AUGGGCACCCAGUGCUAAGACUCCCAGGACCCGAAGUGUGGCCCCACCCACUGGAUGGAGAUGGCCUUUGCUUGUGGGGGCCCAGCCCAGUCCCCCAUCAACAUUGACCUUCACCUAGUCCAGCAGGACCCCACCCUGGGACCUUUCAUCUUCCAAGGCUACAACUCAGCACCUCCAGGCCCAUGGAUCCUGGAAAAUGAUGGCCAUACAGUGCUGCUCUGCAUGGACACUGGCCUGCAGAGCCAUCUGGGGAUUCGGGGCGCCGGGCUGCCCCUGCCUGCCUACCGCGCCCUGCAGCUGCACUUCCACUGGGGGGGGCCUAGGCGAGGAGGCUCAGAGCACAGCCUGGAUGGGCACUGGUACCUCUCACGAUCUGUGCCUCUCCAGAUGCACGUGCUCCACAUGAGCACGAGGUACCAGAGCCUGGGGGAGGCGCGAAGUCACCCUGAUGGGCUGGCCUUGCUGGCGGUGCUGUUGGUGGAUUUAAAGCGUUCUGUGGGAGGAUGGGGGCCAGCCAGAGGUCCUGGAGCUGCGGGGUCAGUGGGGGUGACCUUCCCCCCAGCAGAUGUCCCAGCUGACCCCUACUGGGAGCCUACCCUCUUGCCUCUUACAGUCUCCCCUAGAUCCCCUCAGAGUUCCCCCUUUGGAGACCCGUCCACUCAGAGCCCCUCUCACUUGGAGUCUCCUCCCCAAGAGCAAGACACUGACAAGGCCAACUUCUCUGCCCUUGUGUCAGCCCAGAAGAACGUGUCCCAGUGCGGGGUCUUGGUGAAUCUGGCAUCCACCUUCCCGAGGGCCUCGCUGCUACAGGAUGCCUCCGGCCUCUCCCGCUACCACCGCUACUCAGGGUCGCUGACCACGCCCGGCUGCCAGCCUGCGGAUGUCUGGAUGGUCUUAGAGGACAGGGUACCCAUCUGGCGCGCGCAGGUGGCCCAGUUUCAGACUGUGCCCCAGGCCGGGCUCCCUGGCUCAAACCCUGCACCGCUCACGGAGAAUUUCCGCCCACAGCAGCCUCUCCAGGGGCGCAGGGUGUUGGCCUCUCCCAGCACCUCCAUCAGCAAGGCAGCCUCGGCCCCCACCCCACCCCUAGCCAGUGUGCACGGGGCUCUGCUGGGCCUGGGGCUCAGCUUGUGGCUCUGGCAGAGCCCCUAG